UAAGCAGAAGCAUGGCUGGACAUAACGACUUUGAGAAGAAAUCAAGUGAAUCGACAAAUGAUUUACCGACCUUCAACGCUGAGAAUUUGCAAAGUAACUUGAAGGUUAUAUAUUACAGCCGAACUUUUAUGUCUAUCAUCGCUGGGGUCAUUGCUGGAAUUUUGGGAUUCACAAGCCUCAAAGGGUUCAUCUUUUAUUUUCUUGUUAUGGGCUUGACUUCAGUUGGACUCGUAGCCAAGACUGGGUUCACUAUACAUAAAUUCUUUGAUUCCUGGAACCAGAUUGUGCUCGAUGGUUUUUUCGGGGGGCUCAUGUCAUUCGUGCUGUUCUGGACCUUUGCUUACGACAUCGUGCAUAUCUUCUGAGGGAUUAGUAUCUGCACAGUGAUGAAAGGAAGGAAUCUAUCGCCUGCUCGUUGAUGUAUCAAGAACACAAGUAAUUUCCUUUGUCCACAAAGCUGUGGAAUGCACUUUAAAUUUAUCCUGGUUCUAUUAUUUAUAUAGAAAUUUUCCCUUGAAUAUUGUACGGAAAGAGGACACGACGUGUAGCCCUGUUAAUUUUGUGGUGGAAAUUUUGGUUUAGGUUCUUCAUGAA